AUGAAACUUGCUUGGGAUUAUCUAUCUUCGGGAUUUACGAACUUCUCAAUACCAUUCAAUAUUCAAAAACGAUUACACAAAUACUUACUAUGGAAAACAAUUGGUUCAUAUCUUGCCACUGAAUUGAAUCAAGAUAACUUUGACUUUGAACUUGUAAAUGGUUCUUUUGAACUACGUGAUGUUGACUUGAAUCUUGACACUCUUAACGAUAAACUUAUUGAUACCCCAUUUGUAUUGACUCAAGGACGAGCUUCUAUUAUCAAAGGAAAAAUGCCAUGGUCAAAUUGGUCUGGUGAAAUCUCUUUCAAGAUCCAGGGACUAGAUUUAAUACUGAAACCAUCGAAGGAAAAACGAACACGAAAACAUGACUCACCUGUCAUGUCCUCGUCUCUACAUUUUGCGGAUGACUUUUUAAAAACGGAAAUGGAAACUGAUCAAAGUCAAGAACUUUAUGAAUCUAUUCAACAACUACAAGAACAACCUAGUACUGACAUAGGUGAUGCAGGCUUACAAGCUUUAACUCUUGUUAUUGAAAAGUUGGCGGCAAUGCUCAAAGUAGAUAUUAUUGAUACUGCUAUUCAUAUUGUACACCCAUCAGCUGUUUCUUUGGCAGGUGAUUCUUCAAGAUCUGCUGGUUAUAACAAAGAAUAUUCAUUGGACAUUGAAAUACCCAAGAUUUCUUAUUUUGAUGAAACUCCUGGAUUCUCUGGAAAUAUUAAUAAUCCCACAACCGUGCCAACAUCCAAUAUGAUAGAAUCAAGUAUCCUAAUACCCAACUCCGGCGAUGAAUUGAUCAAAAUUGUCACCAUUGCAUCACCAAAGAUAUGGAUACGAUCAUGUCUUGACUCUGAUUUAUUUCAACAUGAACAAUCAUUUUCAUCAAUGAUGAGUGGCUCUAUUACACCUCGAGCAUUUCCAUCGGUACAUAACGAGUCCAUCGAUAAACCAUAUGAAGCUCUCUUGUUUACCACAAUGGAUAAGGAAAAUUGGAUACGAUUCAAAGCUCGAUACCUCUCUCCUUUCAAUGCAGAAGCGACAUCUCCUCCUCCGUCAACAGGUGCAGCGAAAAACAUCGAUUUUUAUAUCAGCCAUAUUCGAACUAUGAUUACGCCAAAUCAAUUGGGAUUUUUAUUGGAUUUAUUAUCAGCAGCAACAACGACUCCUUUGACAGAUUCUCCUCCACACUCAAAACCUACCAUGAACCAAUUGGAUCCUUAUCAAGAUCUUUCUCGGCGUAAAAAUCAUCAAACUUCUUCCUCGAAACAACAAUCAUCAUCUCCCGAGAUUAAAAUCAAGCUACAGGUCCCAUUGAUGGAACACUUCUUCUUGUACAACGACGAAUCAUUGGAAUCAUCAUCUACUUGGACAUCAUCAGCAAGUCCUCCUACACGCAACACGAGUCAUUUAAAGGUCUGGAUUCGCCAGCUUAUCAUACGAUUACAAAAAUUCCCAUCUCAUCAUCUCAACAAGUCUACAGUUAAUAAUAGGAUCAAAUCAAUGAGUGGAAUGCGAGAGUCAUUAUUAUCACGAACAACAUCAGGAACAAAGAUGAAAUAUUAUUGUUAUUUGCCAAUUUUGGAAUUCAAUGACGCUAUCUGCUCCGACUAUGAUAGUAACCAGAAAUUUCCCAGUUAUAUUCCUCAACCAUUGACGACUUUGAAUCAAGGUCAGACUAGCGAUAAUCAGCAAAGCAGGCCGAAGAAAGAUGUAAUUCGAAUUCGAUUGGAAAAGCGAAACACUUCAAAAGUCAAUUCAAUUUAUGAUGCAAAAGAAUAUCAACAAGGUAUCCAAGCAAAAGUGCGUAUUGCCUUUAUACGGACCCAAUUAUCUAUACCAGAUAUGAGCCAAUGUAGUACAAGGGAUGAAUUCAAUGACCAUUUACAUGAUGAUACUCUUAGCGUGGAUGUCCACAAAAUCAAUGCUGGUUGGAUGACAGGUAAUAAGAAUAAUUUAUCAAAACAUCAACCUCAAAGGAUUACAGUGGACUUGGAUUCAAUCAAUGUGUUUUUAAAACAAAGUCAAGAGUUACAGUUUUAUUUACAUAUUUAUUUAUUACAUUUAGAUCCAUUGGCACGAUGCUGGUUUACUGCAAAAAGUCAAGGAAAACAAGGUUCAUUAUCCUCGGUUUCCCUUUCGCCAAGUAUGGAAAUCACUAUACGCUCUUCAUCUUCUGAAACUUUCCAUCCUCCACCAUCAGCAAGAUCAGGUUAUUUCGGAACAGGAUCAGAUAUUCCAAACAAUUUGUUUGAACAUCUUAGUCGAAAUGAAACCCUUCAUUCUGAACAAAAGAUGUAUGUACCAGUUGAAGACCAAGCGGAAUCAUCCAUGAUGUUCAAGCAGCGAACUGUAGAAACCUCUAUGAUUGUUCUCAACUGUCAUUUUCCUAUCACUUAUUUGACAUUGUCCAAUCAAACAUGGGCCAAGAUCCAAAUUCUUCAAAAUGAUCUUAUCUUAUGGCAACCAAGAAUCAUGACCUAUUUGGGAAAAGAUCAAAACCGAACAGAUUCAAGCACAACAGUAUCAAGUAGUAGUGAAAUGUUUAGAACGGCAUCUUAUAGACGACACUCUGAUAUGGAAUCAAGUCAUACAAGUGUUCUUAGUCAAAGUGUAUGGGAUUUGCACACAAAUAAGAAUCAAUCGUCAUCGGCCUACCGUCUACAGUUCACCGAUUUUCGAUAUUUUGCUGUUAUCAAACACUUGGGACUGAACGAGAAUAUUACAACGCUCGACAUUGAAGAUCUGACAUUAGAUGAUAUUAGUGACGAUGCUAGAAAGGUCCCUCUCUUUUAUCGAACGCUACCAAAAUCAUUGACGCCAAGAAGGAAUACAUCAAUGGUAUCCCUGUUUUCUCGAUUGACAACAAUACCUGAAUUGAACAAGCAGAAUAAGAUUACCAGUAUCGUCGUAUGCAAUAUAUGUUGGCGUUUUAGUCCGAAUAUUGACUUUAUAGACAACUUGAUUGACUUUCAGAAAACACCUGAUGAUAUGGUAUUCAUUGAUCCACCUACUCAAUAUAUCAAGGUUUAUGCACAUGUCCUCGAUACUUCAGUGGAUUACAAACCCAAAUCUAUCCCUUCUCGUGCCGUUGUUGUAGUUGAUAAUCUUCAGGUAGUAACUGAUAUUCUCGCUGGCCAACCCUUGAUAGAUGUCAAAACAUAUAUUCAAAAUGUUGAUAUGUUUCUUGUGGAUGAUGUCAAUGAUUUGGACGAAACACAUGCACAACAAACAACAAGAAACUGGGACGCAAGACGAUUUUGGUCAAUGAUUGGAAUGGCUAAUGUACUUCACUCUAGAAAUUUAGAAUCUCAAGUCAAACUCAAGCUAGAUGAUAUUCUUCCUAUUCCCGAUAUUGAAGUUACUAUUAUGAACGAUAUACUCACUCUCGAAAGCUGUGCGGAUUCCUUCCAAUCACUUGUCAACUUUAUUACCUAUGCAACAAACGAUGGCGAUCGGAUUUUCACUUCACAACAACAGCAACAAUAUACUACAACCAAAACUCCAUAUAAAUCAACAAAGAAACCUGUAAAGCGAUCCCAUACAACUCUAGUGAAGACAAAGGAAGAUAUGCUAUCUAGUCUGGAUGAAGAAGCUUUCAAACAUCGACACGUACCACCGUCGACAACACCUUCUCGUCACCAAACGCCAAUAGAAGACAAUCUGAUGCUGAUUGAAGAAUAUUACUCGAAAGCGGAAUCAUCAUCGAUCAUGACUCAAUCCUCACUACGGCCCAGAAAACCCAGACGAAAGCAUAAUCGAAUUCAAAAAUCACCAGAAGACAUCAUCCGAAUCCUAUCCACUGAAUUGCAAGAAUUUGACAUUGUGGAAAAUUUUUACAGUAUUGACAACACAAACAAGGCACCACGCAAACAAAAGUUGGUGGACACUCGAAGGUCGGCCUUAUCUGUUCGUGUACGUGAUGUGGACAUUAUAUGGAAACUUUAUAGUGGGAAUGAUUGGGAUUAUAUACGCUCAUCUAUGGGAUCUCAAGGUGGUGGCAAUACAUCGGCAUCAACAUCAACAUCCUCUAUAGCAACCUCGACAACAACAAUGGGAAAUGCAAGCACAUCAGCAUCAAGACGAUCUGGCACAGAUAUGGAACUACGAAUUGAAGGUAUUAUUUUUGAAUUAGAUAUGAUGGUACCUGAAGAACAAACGCGUCUACAUGGUCAUCUAGAAAUUCGUGAUGUGGAAAUAGUGGAUAAUAUCAAGACGUCUUCAUGGGAUACUUUCUUUGGAUGUAUGCGACCUGAAUCUCCUUCUUCUCUCCCUCGUGAGACUGGUUCUUACAUGGUAGUGGUGGAUAUCAUAGGUGUUCGACCGGUAGUGCAAGAUAUGACUGUGGAAUAUCGACUUGGUAUUCAAACAUUACCUCUUCGACUGUUUAUUGAUCAAGAUGCAUUGAAUUUCCUGGUCCAAUUCUUUGCCUUCAAUCCAUCGAUACUCCGGUCAACUCCUGGAUCACAAGCUGCGAUGAUUCCUUCUUCUUCAACUACUAAUGGCAUCUCACAUGACCCUGGAUCCAUCCCUUCUUCUUCUUCUCUUCCCUUCCAACAUGAACAUGUGGAAAUAUAUCCCAUUGAUUUGAAGAUUGAUUAUAAACCAAAAUACAUCAACUAUGACAAUAUCAAAGAAGGACAAUUUGCUGAACUGGUGAAUUUAUUCCAACUCGAAGGUGCCAAGCUGAAUCUCAGUGCUGUCAAAUUGACUGGUAUAAAAGGGAUCCCGAAAUUAAUGGAACGAUUAGGGCAAGAAUGGCUACCCCAUAUCAAAAAUACACAAGUUCCUCACAUGGUAUCUGGUGUUUCACCUAUCCGAUCGAUGGUGAGUCUAGGUAGUGGCAUCGCUGAUUUGGUUCUUUUACCCAUACAACAAUAUCGAAAGGAUGGACGAGUCAUUAAAGGGAUUCAAAAGGGUACUCAAUCUUUUGCAAGAACCACAGCAAUGGAAUUGAUCAAACUUAGCGCAAGAUUGGCAUCAGGCACUCAAGUCAUAUUGGAACAUGCUGAUGGAUUCUUAUCGUCGCAGCAACAACAACAACAACAACAACAACAACAACAUGGUGAUCGUGGUUUGGACUCAAGAGACGGCAUGGUGUCAUCAUCAUCUUCUCCUAUAUCCACUGUCAUUGGAAGUCGUACAAGUGAAGAUAUGGUCUUUGUAUUCACCGAUAGAAAUCUAGGUUUAGAUGAGGAUGUAUGA